AGAUGAAUGAGUAGUAAUGUGAAUUAGAAUUAUGAAAUUAGGUUUACAAGAACUCCCUAAGGGAGUAUAUAUAGAAGAAAUCCGGGUCUGAGCCUCUAAUAUGGGCCUAACAAACCCAGUUACAUAAAUGUACUGAUAAUAUAAAAGGCUAAUCUAGAACACCUGAAUAAUAAUAAUGUACAAUAAUGAAAAUGCUAUCAGCUGAGUGUACGUGGGCCGCUGUCCGAGUCCAAUAGUCGUGAGACCCGGGGGUCCGAGUCUAUAUACUCUAUCUGGAGUCCCCCACUCUCUGAGUCGAGAGUAUUCGAGGCGAAAGAGAGUAGAACUGUGUGCUGAUCUGUCGUCGUCUGGUGAGUAAAUUUCGUGAACAAAAAUUUGAAUUUCUGCUUCUUUGGUUAACAGAGUCGCUAAGUCCCCCGCUCUUCCAGUCCCCCACUCCUUGAGGCGAGUGUAAUGAGGUGAAGAGGAGUAGAGUAAUGCGUGUCGGAUGAUGUCUUCAACAGGGGCCGAGGCUUGACACCUUUUGAUCCACGAUGGGGAGAUGCCUCGUUAAAAACCUCAUUAGGAAAAACCCUGUGGGAAAAAAUCCUAAUGAGGGAAAAAGAGUACACCGGAUGCCCCCAAAAUGAAACAAAAGGUGCGAGCCCUUCAGCCUGGAGAUGGAGCUGCAGCGGUGCCCGUCUGCUGGAUGGUCGAGGCCGAUCUCUAGAUGUGGGUAGCUCAUCAUGAUCAGUAGUCCUAGUCAUCAAAUAAAGAUGACUAAGGGAUGGGUCGAGCGACCGUCCAUAAUAUGAUGUCUGGUUCAUCAUAUAAAGAUGACCAGAACGUAAGGCCGAUGGGCCGAGAGGCCUGUACGAGAGCUCCACAUUGUCGAAUAAGGACGACGAGGCGAUGUAUGGCCGAGGGACCUGCAUAGAGCUCAACGUCGUCAAAUAAAGACGAUUGGGCGAUGUGUGCGGCCGAGGGGCCUGCAUAAGAGCUCCACGUCGUCAAAUAAAGACGACGGGGCGAUGGUGUGGCCGAGGGGCCUGCAUAAGAGCUACAUGUCGUCAAAUAAAGACGACGGGGCGAUGGUGCGGCCGAGGGGCCUGCAUAAGAGCUCCACGUCGUCAAAUAAAGACGACGGGGUGAUGGUGCGGCCGAGGGGCCUGCAUAAGAGCUCCACGUCGUCAAAUAAAGACGACGGGGCGAUGGUGCGGCCGAGGGGCCUGCAUAAGAGCUCCACGUCGUCAAAUAAAGACUACGGGGCGAUGGUACGGCCGAGGGGGCCUGCACAAGAGCUCCACGUCGUCAAAUAAAGACGACGGGGCGAUGGUGCGGCCGAGGGGCCUGCAUAAGAGCUCCACGUCGUCAAAUAAAGACGACGGGGCGAUGGUGCGGCCGAGGGGCCUGCAUAAGAGCUCGACGUCGUCAAAUAAAGACGACGGGGCGAUGGUGCGGCCGAGGGGCCUGCAUAAGAGCUCCACGUCGUCAAAUAAAGACGACGAGGCGAUGGUGCGGCCGAGGGGCCUGCAUAAGAGCUCCACAUCGUCAAAUAAAGACGACGGGGUGAUGGUGCGGCCGAGGGGCCUGCAUAAGAGCUCCACGUCGUCAAAUAAAGACGACGGGGCAAUGGUGCGGCCGAGGGGCCUGCAUAAGAGCUCCACGUCGUCAAAUAAAGACGACGGGGCGAUGUGUGGCCGAGGGGCCUGCAUAAGAGCUCCACGUCGUCAAAUAAAGAUGACAGGGCGAUGUAUGGCCGAGAGGCCUGUAGGAGAACUCCACGUCAUCAAAUAAAGAUGACGGGGCAAGAUAUGGCUCAGAGGCCUACAAAUGAGUUCCUCAUCAUCAAAUAAAGAUGACAGAACGAUACGUGGCCGAUGGACCUGUAGAUGAGCCCUUCGUCAUCAAAUAAAGAUGACAGAGCGAUAUAUGGCCGAUGGGCCUGUAGAUUAGCCCUUCGUCAUCAAAUAAAGAUGACCGAGCGAUAUAUGGCCGAUGGGCCUGUAGAUUAGCUCUUCGUCAUCAAAUAAAGAUAACAGAGCGAUAUAUGGCCGAUGGGCCUGUAGAUGAGCUCUUCGUCAUCAAAUAAAGAUGACAGAGCGAUAUAUGGCCGAACUCUGGGCUCCUUUAGCCUUUCAGCCGGAGACCGCAAGAUGUUCGCUAUAUCUGAAUAGGAGGAUGAGGCGGUGGACGCCCGUCUGAAUAUGAGGACGACGACGCUGAUGAGUCGGUCCGAAUAUGAGGACGACAACGCUGACGAACCGGUCCGAAUAUGGGGACGAUAGCGCUGGUGAGAUGGUCCAAAUAUGAGGACGAGGCGAUGAUAAGCCAUGCGUCAUAUAGGGGCGACGGUCGCCGUCCGGGAAGGGAUGGCGAGCCCAAUCGCUAUAACAAGACUUCGGCGCUGGGAGCCGGUCUUGAGAUAAAUAAUCACGUCGAGGCCGAGAGGCUGAUCGUGGUGUGCGGACAACAAUGAUGAGCCAGUCCGAAAUAUGAUGACAAGGCGAUGAUGGAGCCGAUCAUCAUAUAGAGGCGAUAGUCACCAUCCAGGAGGGGAUGGCGAGCCUGAUCGCUAGCCCAACACACUCAACGCUGAUGAAGCCGGUGUUGGGAUAAGGUGUGACGCCGUGGCCGAGGGGCCGAUCGUGAUGCGAGGUCGUCAGCACUAUGAGGCUGAUCCAAAAGUCCAAGCAGCAGUCGCCAUCUGAUGAAGGAAUGACUGAGACCGGUCUUGGGGAUAGAUAAUCACGCCGAGGCCGAGGGGCUGAUCGUGAUGUGCGGACAGAGAUGAUGAGCCGAUCCGAUAAUAUGAUGACGAGGCAAGAAUGAAGCCGAUCCUCAUAUAAGGGCGAUGGUCACCAUCCAGGAAGGGAUGUCGAGCCUGAUCGCUAGCUCAAGACUCUCGGCGCUGAGGAAGCCGGUCUUGAGAUCGAUAGUCACGCUGAGGCCGAGGGGCCGAUCGUGAUGCGCGGAUGGCGACGAAAAGAGCCAAUCCGAAAUAUGAUGACGGGGCAAUGAUGAGCCGGCCGUCAUAUAGAGGCGAUGGUCACCAUCCAGGAAGGGAUGGUGAGCCCAAUCGCUAGCUCAAGAUCGCGUUGAGACCGAGGGGUCUGCCGCGAUGUGAGCAUGACGGCGAUGAUGAGUCGUUCCAAUAAAUGAUGACGAGGCCAUGAUGGGCCAAUCAUCAUAUAAAGGCGACGGUCACCAUCCAGGAAGAGAUGGUGAGCCCGAUCGCCAGCUCAAGACUCUCGGCGCUGAGGAAGCCGGUUUUGAGAUAGAUAAUCACGCCGAGGCCGAGGGGCCGGGCAUGAUGUGAGGACGACGGCGAUGAGGGGCCGGUCCAAAAAUCCAUGCAACGGUCACCAUCCGGUGAAGGAAUGACUAAGACCGGUCUCGAGAUAAAUAACCACGUCGAGGCCGAGGGGGCCGGUCGUGAUAUGAGGACGAAGGCACUGAGGGGCCGGUCCGAAGAUCCAUGCAACGGUCGCCAUCCGGUAAAGGAAUGACUAAGACCGGUCUCGAGAUAAAUAAUCACGUCGAGACCGAGGGGGUCGGUCGUGAUAUGAGGACGACGACGAUGAGGAGUCGGUCCAAAUAAUGAUGACGAGGCGAUGGUGAAGCCAAUCGUCAUAUAGAGGCGAUGGUCACCAUCCGGGAAGGGAUGGCGAGCCCGACCGCUGGCUCAAGACUCUCGGCGCUGAGAAAGCCAGUCUUGAGAUAGAUAAUCACGCCGAGGCCUAUGGGCCGGUCGUGAUGUGAGGACAACGGCGAUGAGGAGCCGGUCCUAUAAUAUGAUGACGAGGCGCUGAUGAAGCCGAUCGUCAUAUAAAGGCGAUGGUCACCAUUCGAGAAGGAAUGGCGAGCCCGAUCGCUAGCUCAAGACUCGCGGCGCUGAGAAAGUCGGUCUUGAGAUAGAUGAUCACGCCGAGGCCAAGGGGCCGGUCGUGAUGUGAGGACAACGGCGAUGAGGAGUCGGUCCUAUAAUGUGAUGACGAGGCGCUGAUGAAGCCGAUCCUCAUAUAAAGGCGAUGGUCACCAUCCAGGAAGGGGUGGUGAGCCCGAUCGCUAGCUCAAGACUCGCGGCGCUGAGGAAGCCGGUCUUGAGAUAGAUGAUCACGCCGAGGCCGAGGGGCCGGUCGUGAUAUGAGGAAGGGCAAGGCGUUGACGCUGGACUGAACAUGAAGGACGGUGGAGCUGGUCCGAAGAUGAGGGACGACGCUGGGCGCUCGUCUGAAGAUGAGGGACGACGCUGGGCGCUCGUCUGAAGAUGAGGGACGGCGCUGGGCGCUCGUCUAAGGGGCGGCGCUGGGCGCUCGUCUGAGAUGAGGGACGACGCUGGGCGCUCGACUAAGGAUGAAGGACGGCGCUCGGCGCUCGUCUGAAGAUGAAGGAUGGCGUUGGGCGCUCGUCUGAAAUGAUGGACGGCGUUGGGCGCUCGUCUGAAAAUGAGUGACGGCGCUAGGCGCUCGUCUGAGAUGAUGGACGGCGCUGGGCGCUCGUCUGAGAUGAUGGACGGCGCUGGGUGCUCGUCUGAGAUGAGGGACGACGCUGGGCGCUCAUCUGAAAAUGAGGGACGGCGCUGGGCGCUCGUCUAAGAUGAUGGACGGCGCUGGGCGCUCGUCUGAAAAUGAGGGACGGCGCUAAGCGCUCGUCUAAGAUGAGGGACGGCGCUGGGCGCUCGUCUAAAAAUGAAGGACGGCGUUGGGCGCUCAGCUCAUCUAAGAUGAGGGACGGCGCUGGGCGCUCAGCUCAUCUAAGAUGAGGGACGGCGCUGGGCGCUCGUCUAAGAUGAGGGACGGCGCUAGGCGCUCAUCUAAUCCGCAUGUAUGGUCUUGCUUCGUCCAUAAUGUGUAGUAUUUGCCUGAUAUGUACUUAGUAUUGUUUUGGGGAUUUCAUUUUUUGUUGCUCGAGGCCGGCGAGUGCGCGCGGUCCUCGGCUUCCCUCUUUUAUUUUUUCUUUUUCCUUUUCUUUUCCUUUUUUUUUUGAUUUCGUUCCCCAUUUCAAGGAGUGUCCUUCUUUCAGGCUUCGGCCGAAGGGGUCGCUAGUCCUUCGGCCGGUUCGGACUUCAUUUAUAACGUCCGUGAUCUCAGGGGGGUCCCGUCACCUAUUUAUGACGCGGGCUAGACUUUUGGUUGGUUUCCAACGGCUGCCGUUGCCCGACCCUGAGUUUGGGGAUUUUGUCACCUCGGCCAUGAUUUCAGACCUGUCGUCCUACGAUCGGGCACGUGGACGACGCGGUGAACUUCCCAUUUCAAGACGUGGGCCGUUUAUGGGCCCGUCGUCCUGGGGACAUCGUCGGCCCUGCCUGAGCGUUUCGCUCUAAGGGGCCGAUACGACGUGCUCUCUCAGCUGGGCCUGAGCCUUUCGUUGAUACAAAAUACAAAGUGGAGCAGACCUGAGCCUUUCGCUCGAAGGCUGCUGAUACGACACGUGGUAUCUUCUAUUUACAUUUCCAAAAAAUAAGUGGAAUACAAUAGGUGCGUUGUUCAUGGCAACGGCUUUUGGGCGACGCGAUUAGCGUCUCGGGGAACGAGGUGUACCGUUUACCGCUCUCGGGCAUAAUGCCAUGUGCGGCCGGUAGCGGCUCUCAUUUUUAGAUGCCCGAGUCACCAAAUAAAGGUGGCUAGGGCAGGUCGAGGGACCCAAAUAUAAUUCAAAUCAUCAAAUAAAGAUGGUCGGUAGACUAGAGCUCGGGUCCACCACUUUGGGGUUUUUUGACCCGCUCUAAUGACGAUGAUAAAUAAUAAUGCCAAUAAUGAUGCAUCAUUAGCGACCUCGAGAAAUUUUAAUCCCUCAUAAUGGUCUUCACCACCUCGGGGGUUUUUAACCCGCCAUAAUGGUGGUGGAAAUAAUAUAAUUAAUAAUAGUAAUAAUUAUAUUACUAUCAUUUAAUAAUUAUCUUAAGUGUAUAAAUAGGAGUAUUGGGCACUUAGCUUUUUUAUUUGGACUGUUUGAGAUAAUGGGCCGAGAUUGGAUUUUGAUUUCUUAUUCCACGGCCCACCAAUAUUGGAGCCACCCUAUCCUCCCAAAGAGUUCCAGCUGCCAUCUUUGCAAAGUGGGCAGCCCCUUUCAGCUUUGUUACCUUCGUAUGCUCCUAAAGAGUCCCACGCAGGCAAGUAGGAGCAGUGAAGGCAGAACUCGGCGACGAAACUUCCUCAGGCAGAGACUGAUGCCUUCCUCAGGUUGACCAGGUGGCAGAGCGAAAAACGGCUAGGAGCGGAUUGCUAGAGCUCCUGUAGCGUUGGUGAAUCUUCCUCAGCACCGGCGACGUUUGAUACACCCUUUGAGUUGGGUCAGCAGGGGAUUUCAGAUCUGUUACUUCAGGAGCUUUUAGCUGCCAUUAAUGGCGGAUGUUCGAGGUCAAGCUCGAGCAACCGAGUGAAAUGACUGGAGACGGUAACCGUGGCCUAGGUUCCGACCGUUUUGAGCAGCGACGGAGGCCAGUUCGGUGGUGGGGCGACCAGGCGCGACGCCGGAAAGACUGUGACAGAGGAGAUCGUACUUGGUACAGUGAGGAGCUGCAGAAGACGGAACCGGCGGCUCUAGCUCAGUCCAGGGAUCGGGCGGCGAGCUUCUCCGGCCAUGGCGGGUGGUUGCAACGGGAAUGGGUCUCCGGCAACGGGCGGCGAGCUUCUGCGGCCAAACUCCAGUUUUUUUUCAUUCUUUGCUUUUUUUUUCAGAACACUUUUUUGAUUGAUUUUUUGUGAUUUGGAUGAGUUUUUGGAGAUUUUGGGAGGAAUCUAACUUGAUUUUGCUCUAAUCUCUCAAUGAAAGCACCAUUGAUGAAUUAUAGGAAUCCAAACUAUAUAAUAAAAUGGAGAGAUUUGAGAUAAUGUGAGGAAGAAGAUGAAUGAGUAGUAAUGUGAAU